AAACGCGACCAGCCAGGAAGGGGUUGUGACUGGCCCAGCCCAGUUGCAGCUCGAGGCGGAUCGUAGCGGAGGAGGAGGGAGACGGCCUGGCUCGUUCGCCGUCGGCGGCUCAAGGCGGCUGGGCUGCGACGCCCCUCGCCCGGCCCGCUCAGACCUCCUCCCGGCUCCGGCGACGCCCAUUCUGCGCUCGGUCCGGAUGUGCAACAGUUUCCCUGAAGUUGCGCCCGAAGCUAGCAGGCGGACGCGCGGAAGGUUCUUAAGCGAAAGGGUGGAAGGACGAGAGUGGACAGGCUGGUAAGCAGCCCGCCCCGUGUGAAGAGCCGGGGAGGGCAUCCAUCCAUCCGCUGUGCUCGCAGGAGAUGCUCGGAGCCGCCGUCCUUUCUGUCCUCUCGGCGCUGCGGCUGCUCGGGUUGGCGUCUCUCUCUCGCCGGCAGGAGCCGAGGAUGUCCUCCUGAAGGCCGGGAGGCGGCGAGGAAGGGUGGGCUUUGCUCCAGUAUGGGCGCCAAACAGACCAAAGGCUGCUCGCUGCCCGGCUCCACCGGUAGCGGUAGCGGUAGCAGCAGCAGCCCUCAGGGUCCCCUUUCCGCCAGUCGCCGAAGGAUUUUGCCUUCUCGAGACCGCGGAAACUUUUUGGCGUCCCUCGUGGUACGAUCGAGUGAAAAGUUUGGUAAGGGGGCUGGCGGCAGCGGCGGCAGCCUCCCCCCAUAUCAUCGCCGGAUCGUCCUGAUCCAAGAUAUGCUGAGGAUGGUGAAACAAGGCAGGCACGAGGAGGCGACCGAUCUGCUGAAGCACCUGCGCCAGGAUUUGGGAAUGGAAUCAACUUCAUUGGAUGAUGUUUUAUAUCGUUAUGCCAGCUUCAGAAACCUUGUUGAUCCAAUCACCCACGACCUGAUCAUCAGCCUUGCCAGAUACAUCCACUGCCCUAAACCAGAGGGAGACUCAUUAGGGGCUAUGGAGAAGCUCUGCAGGCAGCUGACAUACCAUCUGAGCCCCCACUCUCAGUGGCGACGCCAGGGCAUGGUGAAGAGGAAGCCACAGGCUUGUUUGAAAACUAUCUUGGUGGGGAAUCCUCUGGACAACACCGUGGAUUUGUCUGGCAUCCCAUUGACUCUAAAGGAAUUAGACCGGGUUAUCUCAUACCUCCAGCACAGUUCUGAGUAUGUUGAAAAUGUGGAGCUUUGCUUCACAGAGCUGACAGAUGAGAUGUUCCUCCUGCUUUUGCCAGUUCUCAGUGCCCUACCUCGCCUCACAACUCUUUCCCUUAAUGGCAACAGGCUUACAAAGACCAUCCUCCGGGACCUGACUGAAGCUCUGAAGGACACCAGAAAUUUCCCCAGUAUGACUUGGAUUGAUCUGGGCAAUAACGUGGACAUAUUCUCUCUGCCACAGCCUUUUCUGGUCAGCCUUAAGAAACGAAGCCCUACCCAAAGCAAUCUCCCAACUAUUCUUGAGUUUGGUGAAGGUCAGGUGAGUGACCUUGAGAGCCAAGAAGGUCUUUCGUCACAGGACGAGGACCAAAAUGGUGGCAGCCUAGAUGAUGCUAAGACCAGGCAGGUAUGGACAGGUGAAGCUAUUGAGGUUAAACUGCUGCCCAAUGAAUCUACAAACCGAGAACAGAUUUCUACCAGGUUGUUUCGAACAUGAAAUACAGUUGCCUCAUUUGCCUAGGACGUGCCAAAUGGAUCCCUUUAUAACAACAAAGGAUCUUGGCUAGUUUAUGUUGAUGAAGCUCUCUUCUAAUAAAUACUUUCCUUAAUCUGCAGGACCAAAAAGGGGAGACCAAAUUGCAGACAAAAUUGGCUGCAAUUCACGUAUUAACGAUGUGCUACAAUUUGAACCGUUAUAUAGAAUUAUGGAAGGGGCUAUUUAGGCCAUGGAGUCCAACUAUCUGCUCAGUGCAGUAUCCAAAUUAAAGAAUCCCUGUAAUUCCUGAGACCCUGUAGUCACCACAGAGGUGAUUACUAGUUGACUCUUUGGUUUGAGAGCAUAAGAGACAUGUAAGAAAAUGCAAUGCCACUAUUGAGGCUUUUUUUUCCAAGUUAAACAAUUUCUAGUUAAAUACACUAAUCAAUCAGAAUUUUCAUAUUAGGUAUACAGAUAAUUCUGCAUUCAUUUUCAUUAGUUUUUACUUUCCAAAUGAAUUAUCUUGAAUAUAAAUUUUAGGGGGAAAACUUCCAGGCUUGGAGAGGAAAAAUUUUUUAAUCCCAUGGAUUAAACAGAAAUGUUAACCAGCUCACCAAAACAAGUUUGAAUGUGUUUUAUGAAUAACCACUGCCAAGAAGGUAACUAUCACUACUGUACCUUCUGUAUUUCAUUUUCUUCCAACAUUUACUCUCUCCUGCCCCAAACAAGCUAUGGAUGUAUGUUCCUAUCUCAGGAUGAUAUGCCAUGAACCUGAUGAAUUUGGCUGUGGUCCACCAGUUUUAUUUGUAAAAUCUUAAGGUGCUACAAGACUGGUUUUCAAAUGUAAUUUAUCAUGAGCCAGUAGUGAGAGCCAGCAGGGCUGAAAAAAUGGUACCCCCUGAACUCAUACUGCCUCUAGAGUGAAGAGGAAAACCCACUGGCAACAGUUCUGUAUAUAUUUUUUUCUUCUACCAUUUCCCUCUAUACAAGCCUAGCCAUUUAAUAUAAACUUUUCCAAAUACCACAGGACAAACAAGAUACUAUAUGUUGGUGGACGAUACAGUAGAUUAGAUUGGUUCAUAAAGCAAACAUCAGUACAAAUGAAGAAAUCUCAUUCCCUUCAGUUUCAGUGGGUGUGAAUCAGUGGUAUUUAAAAACAUGUGCCUUCCUGCUGGGGGAUGCCCUCUCUGCUUAAGCAGCCCUUGCUUUAGGCACCAGGGAGUGAAGCAAAUGAGUGACGGCAGUUCCGUGCAUUUGUUGCAAUUGUGUAAAGUUGCUGUAAUUUACCAUACAGACUUUGUAGAAAGUGCGUGCAGCUGCUUUCAGUUACUCUGGAUUUUCAAUCACUGUGACACAGAAGAGACAGUAAUCUGUGGAAUUCAGCUUGUCUCAACUUUUCCUAAUGUCCUUGGGUACCUGGAUUCAUUAAAUACUUAUGGGAGCUUUAGUCAGCGACAUUUUGCAGCACUCAAUUGUCAUGAGGUAAAUCCUGGCUUUGUUGCUUUUCUACACUACCAGUGAAGAGUCUUGCCCAACUUGACUAUCUCAUUCAUUUCCUUGUGAGCUUUCAAUGCCAUAGUUUUGGUACAUUAAAAGCACUUCACCCUGGCAAGUUUGAAGAGCACCUGGUAAUGACAGAUACUUUCAGUGGGCUCUGCCCUUUAAUUGCUAGGCCUAGCCUUCUUUAAGGAUGAGGUGGGUGGGAGUGUCUCAUAACCAGAUGCAUCUGACCAAUUUUCAGGAUUCUUUCCUUUGUUACCUUUUUUCCUCCUGAGCCAUCUUUUUCCCUACGCUCUACUGCAAAGUUGGCUAUUGUGUCCAUUUUCAGUACUUGCAUGUUCUUUCAAUAGGUUAAAUCUGGUACUUCAUAGAAAACCAGCAGUUCCAUAUUGUCCUAGUUUGCAUGUAGCCAGAGCCUUUUAUAUGCUUUGUCAACAAAUAAAACUUGUCUGAAAGA